AUGGCCCCGGCUGGGGGCCCCAAGCCCGAAGGCCCCCUCCUUCCGGGACCCCCCCACAGCCGGCCGAAGCUGGCCACAGGGUUCCCUAGAACACACAGCGAGGGCAGGACAGGUAGAGGAGUUCAAGGCAAGGGCGCAGGGUCUCCCCAAAGCGGCUCUCCAGAGCCCGGCCAUUUCCGCUGGUUUCCUUGCCCUGCUCCUGCCCCCGGGACCCCGCCCGUGCAGGGAGAAGGCGGGGCCCGCGGGGUCCCCGCUAAUGGCAAACAGCUGCGGCUCCCCCCGGCGCCCCGGCAGCCAGGCAAGGCCCGGACGCCUCCCCGCCGCUGGGGGCUGGGGACAGGGCAGCGGGGGACGGGCCAUGAGGGGCGGGAGGGGGCCGGGGCCGGGCCAGAACGGGAGCCCCGCAGGGGCGCAGGGACCGCGGCGCUCCGAGCCCCCCAAGUUGGGCACCGAGUGUGGAGCUGCCGGGAGCGGUCCCCGGACACCCGCGAGGUCCCGCCCAGGGUGGGAAGGGGGAAGGGUGACGACCACACCAGAACCGCGAACCGGCCUGAGCCCGACCCAGCCCCGGGUCCCACUCGCCUGGCGCGCUCCAGCCGCCGUCCGUGUCCCGCCGCCCGGGCGUCCUCCGCUCGCCGCCGCCCGACCGCCCGGCCCGCUGGCCACGCCCCGGCCCGCUGGCCACGCCCCGGCCCGCUGGCCACGCCCCGGCCCGCUGGCCACGCCCCGGCCCGCUGGCCACGCCCCCAGAAGAACACGCCCACCAAGGCCACGCCCCAGGCUCGGGCGCACGGGCCCUGGGGUUCACGAGCGAAGGGCGGGAUCCCCGCCGAUGGCCCCCACCCCGUCCUCCGCGGCGAGCCCGCCGGGGGCGGGGACGCGGGGCGUGGCCGAGCGAUGGGCGUGGCCGAGCGAUAG